AUGGACUCUAAUUCAGGACUAUUCGUUGGCUUGGACAUCGGUACCUGCCUCACGAAAGUAUGUUAUCGAGUUGGAAGAAAUGGAACGACGCAUGAUAUCUUCCUUGGGUCAACAGCCUCCCCCGACGUAUGCUCGACAACAUCAACAACUAUCCCUUCAGGAUUAUACUACCCCCCUGAUUCCAAUGUCCCUCUUUGGGGAGACGAUAUUACAGAUGCAAGAUUAUCGAUGAAUUUUGAUUCUUGUAGAUUAGUUCGAUAUUGGAAAAGCGGUUUGCAACCAGGCUCCCACUCUUACAUGGAUAUCGUCGCCAAAUCACAGCUUCUAAAACUCAAUGUUGAUCAAUUCCCAUUUCAAAUGGCAGUGCAUCUUCUGAAUCGAUUAUUCUUUGAUGAAUCUGCUUUAUUGAAAUUGACGAUGAGACGAGCAUCAUGCAAUCUAGGAGAUGUUUGUCUGGUCUUUGGAAAACCAUCAGGCUGGCAGAUGUCUACUUACAAAGUGUUUCAAGAUGCUGCAGAAUCUCUUGGAUUUACUCGUCGUCAGAUCAAAUUCGUUUCUGAAACAGAGGCAUUCUUUCGAGAGUAUCUCAAGAGUGGAGAAAGUUUGGAUAAAGAUGAUGCAAUUGUUAUUGCUGAUUGUGGGGGUUAUACUGUGGAUAUUGACGCUUACCAAAUAGUUGGGUUGGAUGAAGACAAGAAGUCGGUGACACAAGUCUCCCCAGCUGGCAUUUUACCUUUGAGUCUUCCAUACGGCUCCGAAAGUGUGUGGCCCAUCGCGAAACAAUAUUUUCGCUCUUUACUCGAAGAGAAGAAUGAUUACAUCGAGGAUCAUAUCAAACGUAUAUUUGAUGAUCUUUUGCCUGUUUGGAUUUGGCAGAUUCAAAAGGCAAAGAAUAUACCAGGCCAUCUUGCUUCGGAUAAUUGCUACGUCUUUUAUCAUGCCUUGAUACGUGCAGAUGAAACCAGAUCUCCGCCUUGGUCAGCUGGCAUGCUAAAAAUACCAUGGAAAACAAUCUUUGGAUUCUUUGAAGAGGCAUCAAUUGAUCCAAUUGUAAGUGAGUUACGAAUCUUUAUCAAGCGGCUCCCUAUAAAACCAGUCCGUGUGAUUCUUGGCGGUGGAUACUCCAUGAUGAGUAUUGUUAAAGAUGCCUUGUUCGAGCUUGGCAAGGAAUUGAAUAUUAAAUUUUGCCAGCAUCAAGAUAGCAAGCCAGUGGCAGCUGGGGCUGUUGAUAUGGCCGCAAAUCCUGAUAUCGUGGAAUCAAGACUUUUAAAGUCUUCAUAUUCUAUCUGGACAAAAUUUCCAUGGUCGGAAAAGGAAGGACCACGUGAUAUUUAUCAGCCCUCCCGGAACCAAUUUGAUCAUUCGUGGGAAUUUAAGGCUCAUGAUUGGAUGGGUAAAGUGGGUGACAAGAUCUCGUCGAAACAAAUCUUCACCUCAGAUAACAAUGAAUAUCUCUGGCGAGAACGAUUCGUCCGUGAAUAUGAUGACCUUUCUUGGCGGGAAACCAUAAACGCUUGGGAUGUUCACCCUGGACCAGGUAGAUUCACUGUUCCAAAGAAACUUCAAGGGGCACAGUGCGAAACUAUUACCUUGAAUGUUGAUUUUCGCAAAAAGAUUUCGGACCACUCCGUAUUGAGAAAGAAGAAGGGAUAUUUCUACAUACGAUACUCCCUGGAACUCCACCUAGACGGAGAUUCUCUAACCUUCCUGGUCAAGACGAAGGACAAGAAUGGGAACCAUUACAUAGUGGAGAUCGACGACCUGGGAACUACAAUCUCUUCGGUGAUUUUAACAGGAGACUGCGCUCAAACCCGCGAAGAACGUAGCUCGAACAUUUCAAAGUCGACAAUAGUGGAUAAGAUCAGUUCUGCUUCUACUUGUGGGAGCCAUGUUAAGGCAUCGAGUCAAAAUAUUGGUAUCAAUACAUCUCCUGAUGAUGCAUCAUCUCAAGCAUGCAAUUCCGACAAUCCAGUGACACCAACGCCAACUUUGGUCGAUCCAUUUGAAAAAAUUGAGUACGACUCGGUGAAUCUAAAUCUCCUGCUGGAUCAACACCAUAUAAGUAGCCAAGAAUUAGAGGAUCCCUUUUCGUCUAAUUAUCCGCGACAAAAAAGUGAUCUGUAUAAGCCAGCCCGUCGACCACGCAAGGGGAUGAAGAGCAAGAAGGCUCCAACCUUGGAGACACCCCAGGUUCCACGACCGACAACACUCGAUGACAUAGGAUUACCUAGGAGUGAUGGCUCUCAAAGUAUCGAUGAACCGUCAUUGUUGGUAUUACCAUUACCAUCACCUGUAGUGCCAGAAGAUACAAUAGUUGUGCGGCGUCGAAGGAUCUCCUAUACAACCCCUGCACGACUCGGAUGA